AUGAGCUCUUCAUCAUUCUCAAUACUAGGGAAGGAAAAGAAAAUAAUCAAUGUAAAAGAAUCAAUUUUCUGACUUCUUCUUUGAAAAGCGAGCAAGAAUUUUUUUUUCUGACAAAUUUAAUGUAAAUUUUUUUGUUAAAGACUUUUUUUAAAUUUUCAAUCCUCAACAUUCGGAGGAAAUAGGCGAUUUAAAUUAAUUAAAGAAAUAAUUUAUUAUACUCAAAAAUUUUAUAUAUAAAAUUUUUUCUUUGGAAAAUUAGAAUUUUCGCUGUAUUGCUUAUUUGAGAAAGGAGGAGUGAACAAUAUCAGGGAGCAUUACAUUUUGCAUCAUUUUUUCAAGCAUAUUAUUUGGAUGUAUGUUUAGUUUUCGCUGCUCAAGAUAUUACCCAACCAUCUCUUAUUUGCUAUCCUUCAGAAACCAUGACAGAUGAAUUGUUUUUGGUAUCACAUUCUAUACUAAUUGACCAAGAAUAGCCCACUAUGGAGCCAUUCUUGGUCUGCCAGAAAAAAUUUUGACAAAAAGAUCCUAAUCUGCCAUUACCACUGAGUUUUGGUGUUUCCAAAUUUUUUUGGGCAAGCCAAAUGCAAUAAAAAAAAUUGUUCUUUUGCGAUGAUGCAUUUGGCUUGCCAAAAAAAUUUGGAAACACCAAAACUCAGUGGUAAUGGCAGAUUAGGAUCUUUUCUGUCAUUACCACUGAGUUUUGAUGUUGCCAAAUGUUUUUGACAAGCCAAAUGCAUCAUCGCAAAAGAACAAUUUUUUUUAUUGCAUUUGGCUUGCCCAAAAAAUUUGGAAACACCAAAACUCAGUGGUAAAUGGCAGAUUAGGAUCUUUUGUCAAAAUUUUUUCUGGCAGACCAAGAAUGGCUCCUUAGUGGGCUAUUCUUGGUCAAUUAGUAUAUGUAUCUUUGCUCCCUCUUCUAUUUAUGUCUGUCACAUCAAAGCUAGCUAAUUCUAUUACCACUUAUAUUUCAUGGAAAAUGAAUAUUUUUGGAAUCUGUGGAUGCUGUGCGAUUCUUGCUACAGGAAUCAUAGACGAAAUUAAUGGGCUUUAUUUCUUACCUCUGGACACAGCCCAUCCUUUCAUUACUGUGACAGGAUAUUUAUUCUUAAGUCUCUGAAUGUACGCAGCACUUUUUGGUUUCGAGAAUAUUCAGCUUGAUUUAAAUGAAAAAACGUGGUUAAGAAGGUGUAGAAGAUCGGUUCUAAUAUGCCACAUUCUUUUCGCAAUUACAGCUUUUGAAUGACAUUUUGCUUAUUCCUACCAUUUAAAAGUGUAUAAGAAUUUUUGAUAGCUCACUGAGGUUUUUAAGAGUUUCAAUUUGCAAAUAUUUAAAGAGAAAAACCUAUUUUUAUGGACUUAUGUAUAAAUGCACGUUUUUAAAAAAAAUAAAUUAGCGUUUAAUAAUCAUUAAUUUUAUAUAAUUUUUUUUUCUCGCUCACAAAGGAGAUUAAUUUUAACCAAGAAUUUCCUAUUUCUUUACUCACUAUAAAAUGAGGAGUUAUACAAUUUAUUCAAACUUCCUUGUCAACGAAGUUGUUGAAGCAUUAUGUGAAUGGAGCUUAGUGACCUUAGCAAUAAGUCUUCCUUAUCAGAUUUCAAAGGUCACAAAUACCAGCAUACAUUUAACUUGGUCGUCAAAAAUGGCAAAAGAGCGUAAAAUGUUAUUAAAUUCUUAACCCAUAACUUUUAAUCAUCACAAUUGUUCCCAAAAGCGUUUUAGAUCCUUUAUAACAAAUAUAUUAAUUUUUAAUUGUAAAAAUCUAAUUGUCAAUAAUAAAUAGCGCUGCAAUGUAACACCCCCUAAAUUUUUUACAAUGAAAUCAUGGAUAAAAAGUAAUAUAGAAAUAGAAGGAUAACUUGAAUUUAUUUUUCCUUAUUUCAGCUAUUAUGUGUUGCAUAAAUUUCUUAUGGACGUUAUACGCGCCAUUUUCAUAUGAAAUUUCAAAUUAUGAAUUUGCCGCACUAAAAUCUGCGUUUUGAAACGCAUAUUUGGUUUUCACAUACCAAAUUCAAAUUGACAUGCAUAUGCAUGAUAAGAAAUUAUUGCAAUAUAUAAUAUAUUCUUGAAAAAUAUUUAAUUUCUAUGGAGAUUAAGGUAAAAACUGAGAUUCAGCUUUAAAUAAAUCUAAUUAAAUGCCUCAAAUGAUAGAUAGCUAUAAAAAACCACCAAUAUUAAAUGAGGAGCCUGUUAG